AUGAUGGAUGAACGGAGUCUUGUUCUCUUGCGGCGGAAGCUGGAGGCCCUGAACUACACCGAAAGGCUGGACGCGGCCUCUGCCCCGCUGGUUGUAAAACUAGUCGAAGACCUUGUACGGACGACGGACAGCUAUCGCAGUGUCAAACUCCAGUCGGCAAAGUAUGCGCAGGAAAUCUCGGCGUUCAACACCAAGCUCGAGAUCGUCAAGCAGGACUGCACCCGGCUCGCCAAUGAGAACAGCGCGCUGCACUCACAGCUCAUACAGGCCGGCGAGCAGGCAGAGGCGUUGCGGCGCGACGCCUACACGACCGCGAAGCGCCUAGAGGACCGCGUGGCGGAGCUGACGUACUGGAAGGCGCAGGCGGUCGGGCGGUAUGAUUCCUUGGAGCGAGAGAAUGCAGGCCUCAAAAAGCGGGUGGCGGAGCUCAUCAAGCUCGGGGAGCGGCGCGCCAAGGGGGGCGUGACUGAGCCCAUCGACGACUCAUUGAAGAUCGUGCAGCCCAAGGCUAUAGCCGCCUCGCCCGUGCGGCGGGCCCGGCCGGCGCCGGCGAUGCUGGAGCUUCAGCGGGCAGCCGACGCGCGGAUCGAGUCGCUGCAGCGGCAGCUGGAGGAGCGCGAGCAGCAGGCCUUGGAGCUCUCCGCCGCGCUGGAGGCCGCGCGGCGCUCGGUGGCGGCGCGGGACUCGGAGAUCGCGCGGCUGGCUGGGCGCCUAGGGGCGGGGCCGGACGUCGACCGGCUGGCGCUGGAGCGGCGCGCUGAUGUCAGCGAGGAGGUUGUGCUGGCGCUCAACAAGCAGGUGCGGGCGCCCCUGAGGCCGUUUGGUUGGGUGGGUGGGGUGAAGGAGGCCAGCGCGACGGCGCUGACAUCAGCGAGGGAUGGCGGAUGUGCUGCCCAAGCAGGGCCCCCGCUGCCGCUGCUGGGGCCGCUGCGGCCGGCCGUCGACGCCCUUGGGUCCGAGCUGGCGCAGCUGCGGGGCGAAGCUUCUGAUGGCGCGAAGCUGCGCGCGGCGCUGGGCGCCGCGGAGAGGGGGCGCGCGGAGGCGGAGGAGCGGCUGAGGGCCGUGAUGCGCGAAAACGCGGGGGUGGCCAGGGACGUGUCCCGGCUUCAGCUCGAGCUGCAGCGGCUGGAGGUGCAGCACGCGCGCGCGGGGGCAGCGGCGGGGCAGGAGGUCGACACGGCGGUCGCUGCGGUGAGCGCGCAGCGGGACGAGGCGCGUGCGCGCGCGUCGCGGCUGGCGUCAGACGCGGAGCACUUGCAGUUCUUGUUGGAUGAAGCGCAUUCGCGCGGCGACACGGCCGCUGCGGCCGCCGCCGCCGUGGCGCCGGCGGGGCCGGGCGAUGGCGCGGGGGCGGCGGCGGCGGCGGGCGGCGCGGCGGCGGAGGCGGGGGUUUCAGGCGAAGAGGCGGCAGCGCUGCACGGCAUAAUCAAGCGGCUGAAGCAGGAGCUCUCAGACGCGAGCGCCGCGCGCGAGCAGCUCGCCGAAUCGCGCGACAGCGCCGAGAGGAGGGUGGCGGAAGCCGCCGAGAAGCUGGAAGCCGAGCGGUCGGACCUGGUGAAGCUGCGCGCGGCGGCCGCAGCACUGGAGCGGCGCGCGUCGGAGGCCGAGGCCGCACGGCGGCGGCUCGAGGGCGGCGCGGCGGCGGCGGAGGCGCGGGCGGAGGAGCUGCAGCGGCAGCUGCGGGACGCCAACCAGGCGCGGCUGCUCAGCAGCGCUGACCUGGACGCCACUAGCGCGUCACACACGCAGCUGCAGGCGCAAGCGGAGGCGCUUCUGGGCCAGCUGCGGCGCGAGCAGGAGCGCUGCGAGUCGCUGGCGGCGCGGGCGGCCGAGGCGGAGGGGCGGCAGCGGCGGCUUGAGCAGGAGCUCAAGGCGAGGCCGCCAGCGCAAACACACGCGCCGCCCGCCGUGCACUGCUGCGCCACGCCGUGGCGGCCGCGGCGCCGCCCUGAUGCGGCGGCGUUGGGGUCGGAGUCCAAGGAUGCGUGCGAGCUGCUAGAGGCGCGGCUGCAGGACGGCGCGGCCGCGCUGGCGGAGGCGGCGGGCGCGCUCGCGUCGCGCGCGGCGGGGGAGGCGCAGCAGCAGGCGCUGCAGGGCGCGCUGGAAGACGCCCAGCGGGAAGCCAGGGUACUGGCAGAGCGCCUGGCAGCCGCCAACGCGGAGGCCCAGCGCCUGCGCUCCGCGGCGGCGUCCGAGCGCGCGGGCGCGAGCGCGGGCAGCGAGCGCGCCGCCGAGCUGCAGCGGCUGCUGGACGACCUGUCCGCCGCGCGCGAGGCCGACGCCGCGGCGCUCGCAGCGGACGAGGGCGGCGCGAGCGUCGCGGCCGCGGACGUGCGCGAGAAGGGGCUGAGGGCGCGGCUGACGGGGCUGCAGCAGCAGCUGGAAGAGCGGGAGGCGGAGCUGGAGCGGUUGCAGGGCGUGCUCGCCUCGGCAGAGGACGCCGCCCGCGCCGCGCGGCAGCGCGAGGAUGCGGCGCGCGCGCAGGGGCGCGAGUACGCCGACCGGGCGCGGCGCGCCGAGACCCUCUGCGAGGAGGCGGAGGCGGAGCUUGCCCAGGUCCGAUCCCAGCUGGAAGCUUCCCAGGCCUCCCUGUCCGAGGCGCGCGCCGCGCAGUCCGAGGUUAAGGCGCAGCUGGCGGCCAAGGAGGCGGCGGUCGACGCGCUGACGACGCUCAGCCUGAGGGGGGAUGCGACGGUACAGGAGUACAUGAGCAACGUCAAGUCCCUGGCGUCCGACCUCCGCACCGCCCAGCUGCGGCUGGCGGAUGCGGAGGGGCGCCUGCAGCAUCGAGAGGAGGAGCUUGGGGCGGCCACGGCCGAGGCCCGCAACCUGCAGAAGGCCCUGCGCAGCUUGGACACAGAGAAGGACGCCCUGCAGGGGUCCCUGGACGCGCGGGAGGAGCAGCUUGCUGAGCUGGACCACGAGCUGGCGGAGACGCGGCAGGCGGCAGACGCGCAGGCGCGGUCGCUUGCGGCGGCGGAGGGGCGCGUGGCGGCUGCGGAUGCGCGGUGUCACGAGCUCGCGUUGGAGGUGUCCGCCCUGAGGUCGCAGCUGGAGUCAGCCCUGAGUCACCUGGGGGCCACUGAGGGGGAGCAGGGCGCUCUGAGGGAGGAGUACCGCGCCCUGGGGGAAGACAUGGAGGCGCUGGUCAGGGAGAACCAGGUGGUCAGCAGCGAGCUGGCGUCGUUGCAGCAGCAGUGCUCGGCCCUGGACGAGGAGCUGGCGCUCACGCGCCGCCGCCUCUCGGCGUCCGAGGUUGCCGCGCGCUCCAAGGCGUCCGAGGUCGAGGACGUGCGUGCCGCGUACGAGGCGCUCGCAACAGAACACCGGCGGGCGCAGGCGUCGGUGCUGCAGCUGGAGCGGGAGGCCGCGAUGCGCGAGGCGGCGCUUGCGUCGGCCGGCGAGGAGGUGGCGUCGCUGCAGGAGGCCGCGCGCGCGGCCCAGAUGGCGGCCAACCAGUACCUACUGGACCUGCAGGCGAGAGGGGCACGCCUCUGGGCAUACGAACGGCAGGUCGACCACCUCAGCCGGCAGCGCAGCAGGGACGCUGCAGACGGCAGCGAGAUCGCGCGGCAGAGGGAGGGCCUCCUCGGAGAGCUCCGCGCGGCGCAGCAGGUGGGCCAGCCGCGCGCGGCGGGCGCGGCGACGGGGGCACGUGGCGCGUGCCGGCCCGGACGCUGCGCGCCCGCCGCUGCCGGGUUUGGUGGGCGGCGCUCUGUCCUCGCGCCCGCGCCGCGGUGGCUGGGGCGCCACGGCCGGGCGCCUGCGCCACGCGCACGUCCGCAAGUGCGGCUGGACCUUGAGAGGGCGCGUGAGGAGCAGCAGCGCCACCUGGCGGCCAUGGAUGCGCAGCUGGGCAUGGCCCAGGCGCGGCUGAGCGACAUGGAGGCCGAGAACGCGAGCCUCGAGCAUCGCCUCGGCUGUGAGAGGGGCCGCGUGGCCGAGUUGGAGGGGCUGCUCUCCAGCAUGCGGGCCAGGGAGUUCCGUGUCGAAGCGGACGGCCAGCGCACCGGCGGCGCGCUGGGGGCGGCGCGGGAGCGCAACCGAAUGCUGGAGAGCCAGGUUGCAACGUUGCAGCAGCAGGUGCUGUCGCUGCAGCAGUCGCGGGACGCCCAGGACGCUGAGCUGUCGCGCCUGCGGCGAGAGGCGCUCGCCCUUGCGGCUCGGACGGCGGCGACGGUGGGCGCCGCGGUGCCCAGUGGCAGCGGCGGGCGCGGCCGCGGCGGGGCGGGAGCGGCGGCGUGGGAUGGCGGCGGGGGCGGCAGCAGCGCAUGA